AUGCAGGUCAUCAACAACAGAGGACCUAAUACUGUCGGGAGGCACUUGAAAGGUACAGAGACGCAAAUCAAGGUAAGCCUUCUUGAGGUGCAAGUAGGGGGAUUGGAAAAUGUUGGGUUUGUUCGGAGAGAUGUCUAUAAUUAUGCAAGGGACGUGCAUGGGGAGGUGAUUGGGCAUGAUGCAGAGCUGCUGAAUGAGCAUUUUUUGGCUGAGAAAGGAAAACAUGAAUCCUUUUAUUUCAAUAUGGAGGUAGAUUCGGAAGGAAGGAUGGGAAAUGUUUUCUGGGCAGAUGCAAGGCAGACAGUGUUGUUUGGUUAUGCAUUCCUAACUAGUGAAACCACGGAUUCAUUUGUAUGGUUGUUCGAAGAAUUCAAGAAAGCCAUGCCAGAUCAUGUUGAUACCAAUGAAAAACCUCCACUGCCAUUUCGAACACCAAUGCAACAUCAAAUGGCACGCAUUUACACUCAGGGAAUUCUUGAAAUGUUUGAGAGGGAAGACUUCAGAAGCCUUUUAUGCUUGUUCGAACUUGGAGAGCAAGAUGAGACCCAGUGCAGGUACAAAGUAAGUGAGCGGGUAAAUCCGGGGGUGACACGGAUGAAGGAGCUUGUGCAUGAUAAAGAUGCCGAUAAAGCUUAUUGCAGCUGCAAAGGAUUUGAAUUUUGGGGUAUUCCGUGCCGACACAUCCUAGUAUUUUUAAGAAUGAAGUAG